CUCCCUGUUAACAUUCGUUUGAUCAAUGGAAAAAUUAUAGCUUACGAAGUACCUCUCUCAUCACAUGGAUUGGUAGCGAACAGAAUUGGAACCUUGAUAUGUACCUGGAAUAAUCAAUUACGUGGUACACUAAAAGAGGAUCUCAUUAUGGGUCUGAAUAGUUAUUAUACUUCCGACUAUACCAUUCGACCACGAGGACUUCCUAGACCUCCAUCUGGCUACUUUUCUCCAAAUACGACCAUUCAAAUUUAUCUUGCGAUCAAAAUAUUUCCUACGCAUCAGAAUAGUACAAGGGCAAUGCUCGCACUGCGCUACCUACAUAAUAAUCAAAAUAAUACAGUGCCGGACAUUAUAAAAUCUUUUGGCACGGCGCCUCUCCAUAAAAUUACAAAAGAAUUUCUUACGAAUGGUGUGGGU